GGCGCUUUGGAGCAACGAGAAAAAGGUGUGUAGCAGCACUUGAAGUUUAGUUGGUCAGUCUCGGUUUCAGUAUCGAACCGGCUUUCUACUGCAACGGAUUGGAAAUAAAUAGCAAGAAGGCGAAAAAACGCACAAAAUAAUAUACAUAAUACAUACAUAUGUAUAUAUUUUUCUACUUAAAAUAUUUUGCAUUAUUAUCCCUCAAUGAAGAAAAUUUAUGUUGUUAAGUAGUUGUGAAAAGGCUACUACCAUAUUUAUGCGAACGCCAUUUGUGUGAAUUAGCAAAUUUUAUGUGACAAAUUAAAUGUGUGAAACACGAGUAGAAUACUAAACCGUUCAAGCUUACGGUAAAAAUAGUAUGCACAGCACUUGCACUAUAAAUUUUGAAAAAAAUAUAAAAAAAAAUUUGUGUAAAAGAUUAAUCAAUCAACGAAAAAGAAAACAAGAGAAAAUUGAAAAUUUAAUAAAUGAAAAUUUGAGAGCCCUUUCAAGUGAGCAAAAAGGGUGCGCGCCGUAAAAAGUGAGAAGCAUAAAGUGAAUUGUGUUUGUUAAUCCGUUUUUUGUUUUACUAUUAACUACUGCGCGUAGCUGCUUAGCGUACAAAGACGCAAUAAAAUUAAUUUCUAUUUGCCGAGUUAAAAGUGCCAUAUUGCCAUAUUCGUUAAGUUUGUUUUGGCACGCGUACGCCGAAAUCCUUAUUGUAGGAGCGUGAGUCCUGGCCGAGGCGUUAUGUGUUUGUGAGAAAAAUCGAUUGUCUUGCAUGUGGAGUUUUCACUUCAGCACCAUUCGUAUACAAUCGGACACAUAGAGAAACAGCCGUGAAUUGUGCGACGUAAAAGACGCUGAGACAACGCCAAUGUGUUGUCCUGCCAACUGGACGUACAUGACAAAAGCAGCAACAAACAUAUCGAUGUCAUGGACAGAGAUCCAGGAAAGAAUAAAGACCCACCCACUGCACCAACAGCAGUUGAUAGGGGUCGAGAUCGUGAUACCAACUAUGAGAAUGAGUAUGCAGACGCUGGGCCUCCACCCGUACCAGCUACACGGACACGGCGAUUAAAUCGAAGAGCUGACGUGUUGCCGUCAAGUGGCGCUGCAACACCAUUAGAACCAGCUGUGACCGACAUUAGCACUGUUAUUGAGGAUGACACACACGAACAGCUGGAGACGUCAACAAUUACGCGCACUUACACUACGCGUAAGAUUAUACAUUGCUCGUCGGAAUUCCAUGAGAGCAGCUCAAGCUCUAGUUCGUUGCAAUAUGUGGCCGAGGAAGAGCUUGAUUCGGCAACGACACCACAACGUUUACGCCAGAAAGUGGCGGAGUAUGAAAAGGUUUGGUCCUCUGGCGGUAGUCUUAAGCGUUCGCCAGAUGAGAGUGCCGAAGAGUUGCGACGCGAAUUUAUGGAAGCUUCAACUGCGGAACACUCAACACAAGCCAUCACCGUUGUUGGUGAGACAUUAGAAAAUCCUUUUGAUAUUGAUGUGCUGGAAAUUGAGAAACGUCUGCGUAGGGAACGACAGCGUGGAUUAGCUGAAGCCGAAGCGGCUAAGCAGGCAUUUCAACAGGUGCAGUUGCGUCAUACGCCGCAACCUUCGCCGCGUCGGGUAGAGGUACAAGAAGAUUACACAGCGUUGCCAUUUAAUGUCACUCUGCGUACAACCACUAAACUAAGCCCCGGUAAUGAAUCAGGACAUAUCGAUGCAGGAGACGAUCAAUCAGCAAGCCCUUUUAAUGUAACACUGCGUACGACACGUCGCAUUGUUAAGAAGGAUUUGUCAACGAGCUCACAGCAAUAUGAAGAAAUUUCAACGGCUACAGGUAGCCCUUUCAAUGUCACGCUACGCACAACAACACGACCUGGAUAUCCGAUAAGUCCCGUUAGUCCUGGCGAUCCGAAACAUGCAUCUGCUCGUUUUCUGGAAUCCGAGAAGACAGUGCGAGAAGUUCAUGCCGUUGAUGGUGUACGCACGAUCGUCACUUCGUCCAUGACAAGUGAUGGGCGCAAGCAUGAAGAGAAAAUUUUCCGUCAUGGUGAAGGUUAUGUGUCGCCUCGUUCUUCACCCCAACGGGAGAAUCGCGCUUUCUUCGAAUCCAUGGAGAGAGAACGCGAAGAUUCCGUGCCGCGUUCUGUAAGCGGUCGCGCUAGUGCAACACCACCACGAUCUGUAGAUAUGACCGCCGGUGGUCGCCGUAUACUAAUACGUUUGGAGGAUGAAAUUCUCGACUCGAGUACAUAUCAUGAAAACAGCGAUAUUACUGACUCUGUGCAGGCGCGCAUUCGUCAGUUAGCGCGUAGUCCGGACGGUGGCGGUGGUGCCGCUGCUAUGUACAACGUUGCGAUGGAAACGUCACCUGGUAACAUUGACAUUACCGUGGGUAGCACACACCACCACCACCAUCAACAACAACCGCAACCGCAACAGUCGGGCCAAUGGUAUUACCAACAGCAACGGCAAAAACAACAAAUGGAAACCAACAACACUAGAGAAAAUAUGAUUUUAGAUACUCAGGAACAAACCCCAUGGCAAAUGCAAUCAGGCGAAGCAGUAACAAUCAGUACAGAAAAAGGCGAAGCCGCGGCAGGACAUAGAGUAACGGGUACGCAUACGGCUAGCAUAUUAGAGACGGGCCAAUCGCACGAUUCUUCCGCAGAAGAAUCGCAACGAGUUGUCAGCAGAAAGAAGAAAACGACAACGACUACAACGACAACAGUAACUAGUAGUAGGCAUGCCAGUGAAGAACGUGAACUGCGCGAAGAACAACAGCGUCAAGCUUUUGCCGGAAAAUUAACGCGUCCAACUGGUUUAGCUCUAUCUGGUGCUAAUGUACGUUUGGGUAGCAGCACGAUUGGACAGGAAAAAGCCGAAAACCCUCUGAAAAGUGAUUUAAGUGACGAUUCGGAUACGGAAGGCGUCGCUGCAAAGCAUCUGGUAAUUGUGCCCACACGUGUGGAGCCCAACCAGACAGCCGGCAAAGACAGCCGCAGUCGAAGUCCGAGUGUUAGUGCAAGUGCAAGUGCAAGUGUAAUACAUACGCCGACAACCCCUUCAACGAUAACUGCUAGUAGUACUUUCGGUAAGUGUCUGACAGGUCAUCAGACACUACAACAACAAAGUACUCAAGACGAAUACCAAGAAUUCCAAUCCACAAUGGCAGCGAUUAAUUUCGCACGCAGCAACUCCCAAUACGACAGUCAUAUCAGGGAGAAGAGAGAGGAGCAAGAACGUGUGCAGAAGAAGACAUUUACUAAUUGGAUUAAUUCGUACCUCUCGAAGCGUGUUCCACCGCUUCGUGUUGACGAUUUAAUCAACGAUUUACGCGACGGUACCAAACUUAUUGCACUUUUGGAAGUGCUUUCCGGCGAACGUUUGCCCGUGGAGAAGGGUCGCGUUCUACGACGUCCGCAUUUCCUCAGCAAUGCCAAUACAGCCUUACAAUUCUUAGCUAGUAAACGCAUCAAAUUGGUGAAUAUCAACCCGGCAGAUUUGGUGGAUGGGAGACCACCAGUUGUGUUGGGUCUGAUAUGGACCAUCAUAUUGUACUUCCAGAUUGAGGAGAACAGCCGCAACCUUGAAUAUUUGGGUCAUGGUAUCAGCGGUUCGGUUAGUUCUCUCGACAGUGUUGGCAAGAAUGCCAGUGAUCAAAAGGCUGAGAAAUGGAAGCAAGGUGCUAGGAAGACUCUAUUGAAUUGGGUUACCAAUGCCUUGCCAAAAGACAGCGGUAUUGAGGUAAAGGAUUUCGGUGCCAGUUGGAGAGAUGGUGUCGCCUUCCUAGCACUGAUUGAUGCCAUUAAGGCGAAUCUUGUCAAUUUGGCUGAUUUGAAGAAGACCAACAAUCGUCAACGUCUGGAAACUGCUUUCGAUGUGGCCGAAAGCAAACUGGGCAUUGCCAAAUUGUUGGAUGCUGAGGAUGUGGAUGUACCGAAACCGGAUGAAAAGAGUAUAAUGACAUAUGUGGCGCAAUUUUUGCACAAGUACCCUGAACCAAAAGGUGCCUCUCGUGAUACAUCACAUAUACAGCAGGAGUUGGACGAACUACGUCGCUUUCUGUUGGAAAAGACUAGCGAAUACGAGCCCAUGGUCAUGUCGAAUUCAUUCCCGCGUGAUUUCGCUGAAUAUUUGAUUGCACGUUCAGAGAUCGACGCCCACUUGCCGGUCUACAAUCGUCUGAAGCAGUUAAUGGAUAGUCAAAGUGGUUUCCUGCAAGUGCCUCGCCCCGUUUGGGAGGACAUAAAUGCGCUGUGGCAACGUUUACAAUAUCAAAUGAAUUAUUGGCUGUGGUUAUUGGAUUCGGAAUUGCCCGGCGAAUUCGGUGUGGUCGGCAAGUGGUUAGCUGAAGCCGAAAAAUUACUAAUGGAUAAUGCGAUACCGAACGCCAUGAAUGAGGAGACUGCAUCGGUGAUUAGUAGAAAGCUGGAGGAGCAUAAAUUAUUCUUUGCUGAUUUGCCACGCAUUAUGGCGAUGUUCGAUAAUGCCAAACGUUCGCCUUUGGUGCAACAAGUGCCCAUUGAACAGUUGCGCAAUAUGGAGCGUCGUCUGCAAGAUGUGGCACCGAGGGCGGCUGAGCGUAGAAUACGCCUGAAAUUCCUCGAACACAAGUGCUGUCUAAUUGCUUUCCUCAAUUUGGUUGAGAACAAAAUGAAGGGUUGGACUGGCAAAUAUGGCUACGAGGAGAAGGUCAGUCAACAAUUGGAACAAUACAAGAAUUUCGUGUCGCGCAACAAAAUCUUCCAAGAGUUCCAGAAAGCAUUCAUCGAUAUGCAACAAGUGGUGGACGAAUACAAGCGUGAUGGCAAUGUGCCGCGCAAUGAUAUAACAGAAAUCGAUCGAUUCAUGUAUGAGACGGAAGAACGUUGGAAGCGUGUCUCCAUGGAAUUGAAAUGUUGUCAAAACUCGCUGGAAGAGGUUGUAAGCUGUUGGAAGACAUGGAAUCAACUGGCGCCUACUUGUGAAGAGUGGCUGAACUUGGCCGAAACUAAACUGUCACGUUCCGAAGAUGAACGUUUAGAAUUCUUCCAGGAUAUCACCACUUGGAAGGACAAAUUCGAUACACUUGCCAAUGCGGCCAACUAUUUGAUUGCCUCCUGUGAAGAUGGCAUUGCCAACAAUCUACGCCAGAAACAUGGCAAUUUGUCGGAACGCUUUGAGCGUCUCUUCGCCAACACUAAACAAUACAUGCACGCAGGUGAUAUUAUACGUGCACGCAAUGAAUACAAAUCCGGUAUUGAGAAACUCUCUCAAUGGUUGCGUCAUGCCGAACAAGUGCUGGAACAGCGUCAAAUGCUCGGCAACACACAGCAAAUUACCAAAUAUGGUGAGGACUUGCAAAAGUUAGCUAGCGAGAUUGACGAUAAUGAGGAGCUCUUCAAGACAGUCAGCCGUAACUUCCAGGGUCUCAUACAGGAUCUACCACGCGAAGAAGUUGACAAAAUGAUGAAGUUAUUAAAACAGGAGAAGGAGUCUUUAGUGCGUAUACGCGCGCAAAUACCAGCCAAACUGCACCUUUUCCACCAGCUGCUCAUACAACAGGAGUCACUCGAAGCGGGCCAGAAGGAAAUACAUCAAUGGCUUAACGACGCUGAGACCUUGUUGAGCACACAUACGUUGUCUGGUGGACGCGAUGCUAUUAGCGAGGAACUGAAUAAGCAUAAAACUUUCUUUUCGCGCACUGUCUACUAUCGUUCUAUGCUGGAGAGCAAGAAUAAGGUUUUCCAAAACCUAUUAAAAUCUGUCGCCGUCGAUGAAAAUAUUGACACCUCACAAACGGCACACAACAUGCAACAAUUAAACGAGCGUUUCAAUUACGUCAUACAGAAUGCCGAACAGUGGGAGCAGCGCUUGAAUGACGCCUCACGCGGCUGGCAUGCCUUCAAAGAGAACGAACGUGUCGUUAGUGAGUGGCUGACGCAGGCAGAAUCAAUGCUUAUUGAGAAGCAUAUUGAGUCGAAGACAAUAAUUGAGACCCAGAAAUAUUUCUUUGAAAAUGUUAAUGAGCGCUGGAUGCACAAUCUGGUAGAGUCUGCACAAGAUUUGCUUAAAACAUUGCCAGCGCAAGAGCAGAAGCCCGUGGUGGACUCGGUGGAGAAAUUACAAAACAAGUGGCAACAGGUGCUGUCACAAGCACCACUGCAUUUGCUUAAACUCGAGUUCCGUUUGGAUGAAUCGGCUUUCUAUCAGACAUUGCAAGAGGUCGAAAAGGAAUUGCAUCUGGAACAACAAGCUUUGAAUCGCAACGAAGAUAUUGACUCAAUAUUGAAUCGUAAUGAGCACUUCUUCCAACAACAAGGACCCAUACCGCGCAUUGAGAAGAGCUUGCAGAACAUGCAACGCAUCAGUCAAGCAUAUGGCUACCAGAAACCGACCGAUGUUAGUCUAAAUCAGGCCUAUGACAAUGCCAGAUUGCAAUGGCAGCAAUUGUCUGGCAAAAUCGGCGACAUGCGUGAGACAUUGCAGCAAAUACCGGCUCAAUGGGACAGCUACCAUGAAAAGUUCAAGGAAAUGGUUGAAUGGAUGAAUAUUGUCGAUAAGAGUUUGAAGAAUAUUGUCAACGAAGUGAACAGCAUGGAGGAGUUCGAGAAGGAGAAGGUGGUCUUCCAGAAAAUCUGUCAAGAAGCAGAUAACAAAAGGGAGGACAUGAAAUGGCUGGUGAAAACGCUAGACUCCUUACUUAGCUACGCCAGCGAAGAUGAGGCCAAUCUCGAACAGAAAAAACUCGAAGAUCUAAUUGCUCGCUAUAAGAACCUCAUACCCACCAUUGAAAUAACAAUGGUGAAGACCGAGGUGUUCUCCAAGUGCUACACAUAUCGUCGUGAGGUGCACGAGGUUGUCUGUCUGCUUAGCAAAGUGAAGGAGCAAGCCACCAAUAUACCACCACCAGAGAGUCUUGAACGUGUCAACAAGCUGAUUGAAGAGCAACAGUAUGCCAUUAGCCAGCUUGAUCAUCAACGUCCACACAUCAUGUCAAUGUUGCAGCGUGGCCGUGAUUUAAGUAAAGACGUGCAUGCACCAUCUUUCGUUAAUGUAGAGGUGAAGAACUUGGAAACCGGCUGGAAUGAGGCAUACACCGAAACCGCUGACAAACUGCAGUCCCUCAAGGGUACACAAGCUGUGUGGAAUGACUUUGUCGAUCAGAAGAACGAUAUCUUUUCAAUGCUGCAGACAGCGGAAACGGAGUUGCGUGCGCUAACACCAUUGCAGACCGACCCGAAGAAUGUUAGCCAAGAUUUGCAUGCCAAGCGUGAGCUCAAUAUACAAUUACAGCAAGCCUCCCAUCAACUGUUACCCAAAUUGCACUCCUUGAAAGCCGAAUUGACGCCAUUGGCCGCUGCCGAUAAGCGUCCUAUAUUGGAGAAAGAGGUAACUGAGGUUGAGAAGAUGUUCUUCAAUACAAUGGAACAUGUGAAAGAUCGCGUUGGUUAUCUGGAGGACUAUAGCGCCAAGUGGAAUAAUUAUAAGUCGCGCUUGUCUGAGUUGCAAGAAUGGGCAAACCGUGUAGCACCGAAGAGUAUUGAGGCAUUACAGUCUGAAGAUCUCACACCAGAGGAGCGUGUAGUGAAGGUGAACGCGUUCAAGGGCGUACUUGGCGAACGUAUGAAACAACUGGACAUUUUGGCUUCGGAUGCUGCCGAACUGGCGCCGAAAGAGGGUAAUAUUGCUGAGGCUAAACGUCUUAAGGGUGAAAUUACCAAGCUACAAGAAGUGCUGAGCGCUAUCAACCGCAAUGUCGAUCAUCAAGCAAAGGCUGUGCAAGAGGACCUGGUGAAUUGGCAACAGUAUCAAACUGGUUUGCAGCAAAUCAAACCCGUUAUUGAGGAAAGUGAAAUCAAGGUAAAUACAAUAGUUCCUAAGCCCAUUACACUUGAAGAAGCCGUUGCAUUGCAACAAAAUGCCAAACAAUUCGAAACACAAUGCCUUGAGCAGUUAGACAGACUCCAAGGCAUUUCAAACAUUAGUCAUAAAAUGCUGUGCAAAACCAAUGCCCCUGACGAGUUAGAUGCCAUGCACUCUCGCUGGACAUCAGUUCAUGAAAAUGCCAAGCAAGCCAGUGGUAAGCUGGAAAAACUGGUCGCGAAUUGGAAAUCAUUCGAUGCCGAUGCAGCCAAACUCGAAGAUUGGGUUAACAAAGGCGAGCAAUUGGUGGGCAAACGUCCAGCUGUGCUCAAUACACCACAUGUUGAUAAGCUCGAAAAGGAACUCGUUAAACUCAAAUCGUUCAAUAAUGAAAUUUCGGAACAACAAGCGAAACUCGUCGCGCUCGGUCAGUCAGCCGAUCAAAUAAGUUUGCAUUUAGCGCCAGAGGGCGCAGUUGCGCUCAAAGAUCGCGUAAAUGGCAUGAAAGCCAAAUUGCAAAAGUUAUCCGAGGCUACACGUGCCAACAUCAACGAAGUGUCGGACGCAAUUAUUGCGCGUCAAGACUUCAACGCCAAAAUGGUGAACUUCUCCAACUGGAUGGAUCAGCUGCGUAAUCAAGUCGCACAAGUUGAAGAGAUUAAUCCAGAGCGCGUUGAGACCAGCCUACAUGUAAUACAUGCGCUGAUGCAAGAGCACGCCGACAAGAAACCCAGUUUCAAUGCCAUUUAUGAUGAAGUUAAGCAGCUGUCACUUUCAGCGCCGGCUGAAGAAGCUAAAUCUUUGAAUGAUUCAUACACUGGUUUGGUUGUUAACUAUCAGAAUCUUGAAACUAACUUGCAGCAGAAGAAGAUUGCGCUCGAAAAGUGGACAGAGAUUCUGGGCUGGAAGAAUGAAACCGAAAGUCAUCUGAAUUAUUUGAAACAUCAGCUAGAGAAACCUGAUGGUCCGCAGACUGAAGAGCUUAAUAAGAUUAUCAAUGAAAUCGACACAAUUGGUGGCUCAAUAAGUUAUUGGAAAGCACAAGCCAAGGAGAUCGAUCAAAGUCCCGCCAUUCAGUUGCGCGACGCUUUGACACGUAAACCAUUGAUUGCUUCACAGAUUGUUAAUGAUGUUGAAAACAAAUUAGAUAAUCUUAAGCUGCGUUCUCAAGCACAAAAACAACAGGCAGAACAGAUGAAUGUACGCAAAGAGAAAUUCCAAACUCUCGGUCAAAAUUUCGGGCAGGCGUUGUUGGAAAAUCGUGCUAAAUUGAAUAACAUUCUUAAACAGAAGCCCGGUUUGGAUAACAUUGACCAAAUAAUAGCCGAUUUAAUUGCGCUUAAUGAAGUUGUCAAAGGACAAGCUGACAUGAAGAAUCGUCUUCAUGAUGAAGGUUCUAUAUUGAUGCGUGAAGAUAUCGCUAGUAUGCCAGCCAUACAGGAGAGUCUUUUAUUCUUCGACAAAGAUUAUGACACGCUACAGAAUGAAAUCGCCGAACGCAUACAAAAGUAUAAUUUGAUCAGUCAAGCUCUACGCGAAUAUGCCGAUACCAAGGAUAAGUUCUCAAAAGAGCUGAAGAAGGCCGAAGAUCUCUUCAACGCUAUACCACAGCAACCACGCGACGAGGUGGAGUUGCAACAGGCCGCAGAAAAAACACGUAAAACUAUGGAGCAAAUACGUAAAUCCAAGACGAAUCUUGAUGACUUAGAGCGUCGCGGCAAUAAUGUGGCAAAAUUAUUUGAUGCAAUCGGUGAGGUUGUACCGCAAGAAAUAGCCAACGAUGUUAAGGCAGCCAAACAACAAUGGCAAGAUCUGCACGAUAAGACUGCAAAGAAUGCACAUAUCUAUGAAACAGAAGCUGUCAUUUGGUCUCAGAUCGAAGACGCUAAAAAAGAACUUUUACCAUGGUUAAGUGAAACUAAUCAAGGUUUAUGCGAUGCCGCUGAUAAUUCAAUCGAAAUCGAGUUCGGACCAAUGCGUCUAACCAAAUUCCACGCGGAACUGCCUUCUUACCAAGUAUUGAAGGACACUAUUGCCGAUAAGAGUCGUGAGCUUGUAAGCAUUAACAAUGGCGUGGAAAUUCCAUCGCUUACUGAAUUGAAUAAACUACUGACUGCACAGUUCCAAGAGGUCGAUUCGAAUGCAGCACGUUUGGAAGCUGUAACCUCUACCUUUAAUGAGCAAGAACAAGACUUGCGAAAGAGAAUCAAGAACGCCGGCGAACAAGUGAAUAAAUUGCGUGAACAGUUAAUCAAAUGUGAUGACAUGUCCGGUGAGCCGAACAAAAUCAUGGAACGAUUACUUAAGUGCCGGGAAUUGCGCGCCGAAUUAGACAAUAGUGCUAAUGAAAUUGACAACAUCAAGCAACGAGUUGAUGAGAUGCGUUCGCAAUAUCCCACUUUCAGCGAGUCUAUCAUUCCCAAAGAGCUGAAUAAUGUGCAAAAGCGCUUCGAGGCUGUCGAUACACAUGCCAAGAAGAUCGAGUCAUCACUUUUGCAAUUCCUUAAGAAAUUCCAUGCUGACAAAGUGAGCAUGCUAAAACGUAUAAUUGCUACACAACGCGAGAAGGUCGCAUGGUGUCAGCCAGAGUCGACGAGUGAUAAAUACAAUUUGGAUGUGAAACGCUCGUCCCUCUUGGAGGUAAGCAAAGCGAUUGAUGACUGUCACAAGCGCAAUGCCGAUAUUGGUAAAUCUUUGGAGCUACUAACAGCUGUGGAAUCGCCACAAAACCUGAAAGACCUACAAAAGGACGCCCAAUUGUUGAACGGUGAAAUGAAAGCACUGCAAGAUAGUUUCGACAAAAUCAAGAAUGUGCUCGAUGAAAAUGUAGAUUUAUGGUCGCAAUAUGAGCAAUCCAAUGAGGAGCUUUCCGCAUGGUUGCGUGAUGUUGAGGGACGCAUCAAGGCCGAGACUAGCAAUCAAGUCAAUGUGCCAGAAAUCGAGAAAAAGUUGCAAGAACUCGCAUUGUUGCAGCAGGAUAUUGCGGCACAUGAGCCGGUUGUAAAGAAUUUGGAGAAGACUUCGCAGUUAUUGAUGGAGAAAAAUCCUGAAGCACGCAUUAGUCAGUUUGUCACGCAUUUGUUACAGCGCUACCAGACUGUGGCGAAAAGCUUGGCCGGCUACGUUGAUAAAGUGCAUAAUGCACAGCGUGCGAAUAAUAAUUUUGUAACUGCCGCAAAAGAAUUCAAUGAUUGGUUGUCUGAUGCCAAGAUUGAAUUCCAGGAAUUGGCACGUAUGGGUUCGCCCGGCUCAUCUUCGGCCACUGCACAGCAAUUACAAACAAUUAAGAAUUAUUUGAAGACCUUCGAUAAUGGACAAAUUCUAUUGAAUAAUGCUGUGGAUAUUGGCGAAGCAUUGUAUCCCAUAGUAACACCUGAGUAUCGUGAAAAGAUACGUGCGGAGUUACGUAAUAUACGCGAAAACUAUGACUAUUUGCGUGAUGAGGCUAACGCGCUUCUGCAACAGGUUGAAGCAGUAUUGAUACAGAAGACAACCAUUGAAGAGAGUUACACCCAGGUAUCACACUAUCUCAAUGAAUCCAAAGCCAAGGUCGCUGCUGCUGACGAACUUUAUCCCACAUUGGCGGCUAAGAAGAGUGCUUUGCAGAAUUACAAGACACAGUUGCAAGAGAUUACUUUGCAUAAGAAUGCACUCAAACAGUUACAUGAUAAGGCUGUGACACUAUGCGAUGAUGAAUCCGAACGCAAGACUGAAGAGUCUAUUGAAGAGUAUAAUGGUUUGUCAAAGAAGAUCGCCGACCGGAUCAAUGUGGUUGGUAACCAGGUUGUUAAACAUGAGGCAUACGAUCAGGUGUUGGAGAAAGCACAGGAUUGGCUUAAUACCAUCAAAUCUGAAGCCAUUGACAUUUUGAAUGAGACAACUUUCGAAAAAGAAGGCGCAGAAGAAAAGUUGACUGUUGUUGAAAAUCUAUUGCAACAUAAGCCUGAAGGUGACUCUAUAUUCGAUACAUGCCAGCAGCUAUUACAUACAGUGCUAACACAAACACAUCCCAACGGUCAUCCUGCUUUGUUACGCAGCUUUGAGGAGCCGAAGAAAGCGUGGGUAGACUUCAUGACGCUCUGUCAAGACUCACUCGUCAAGCUGAAACAGCUGUGUUCCAAAUGGGAUGAGUUUGAGUCGAUAAUCGAUGAGAUCGAUAACUGGAUGAAGGAUGUUGAGAAUGUUGUAAAGAAUCAGAGUCUUAAAAGUACGGCCGGCACGAAGAAAGCACAUUUGGCACAAUUAAAAAACAUCGCCAAAGACAUUGAACAACGUGCUACGUCCAUUAAUGAUCUACUCGAUCAGGGUCGUGAAAUUGAAGGUGAAACCGAUUUGAAUCUUAAAUUAUCUCGCUUAAAUACACGCUAUCAAACUUUGAAAAAUCUCUGCAAGGAAUCUAUUGCGAAGUAUGUCAACUACACAAAAGAUCACGAAACAUUUGAUACUGAUUAUGAGAUUUUCAAAAGUGAUCUACAAGAAUGCGUAGAAGAAUUGUUACAAAAUAGUGAGAUUGUUGGUGACCAAAAUGUGUUGCAAGAUCGUCAGAACAAGUUGCGAGAGAUGGCGGAUAAACGUAUCAACGACUCCACCGCAUUCGAGAGCUUGGUGGAUCGUGGCGAAAAACUGUACGGACAUACAAGCCCCGAUGGUCGCGAGAUCAUUCGGCAGCAAUUACGUACAUUACGUACUAUGUGGGAUAAUUACUCCGAUGAUUUGAAUGCGGCCACGCAAAAGAUCGAUCAAUGCCUACAACAAUUCAACGACUUCAAUAUUGCCAGAGAUCAGUUGGCGAAGUGGUUAAAGGAUGUGGAUAAGGCAAUGCAGAGCCACACCGAGCCAAAGACGACACUACAAGAAAAGCGAGCACAACUCCAGAACCACAAGUUACUUCACCAGGAAAUCACCACACAUAAUGUGCUGGUGGAUAGUGUGUGCGACAAGGCGCAGAUUUUGAUUGAUCAAAUCAAUGACAACACGCUAAAUGUUUACCUGCAAUCGCUUAAACAAAUAUUCAAUGGCAUCGUAGAAAAAUCAGAAGUAAUUCUAAACAAUUUAGAAAAAUGCGUGCAAGAGCACACCGAGCUAAACCAUCAAGUGGCAGCCGCUAAAACUUGGAUAUCUGGUGAGAAGGAAAAGUUGUUGGAAUGUGACGAUGCCUAUGGUGAAAAGGCUGACAUCAAGCGUAAGAUUGAGACCUUGGUGCAGUUGGCACAGAAUAAACCGCAAGCACAGAAGCUAGUCGAUGAUAUACGUCAGCAAUUCGACAAGGUUAAAGCCAACACUUCAGAAAAGGGUAAUGAGAUCUUAGCAAAGGAAAUCGAUGAACUCGAAACAACCAUAAAGAGUCACUUUGAUGAUAUCGAAGGCAUCGAAGGCAAACAAAAGGAUGUGCUGCAACAAUGGAAUGACUUCGAGAGCAAACUUGAAGAAUUAACGAAGUGGUGCCGCCAAUCCGAGGGUGUCUUCCGUGAACAACAAUUGAAAUCUACUUUGCACGAAAAGGUGGAACAACUCGAGAAAUAUAAAAUACAACGAGAUCUGAUUUUGCAAAAGGAGAAGGCAAUUGAUGCUUUUGCAGAUGCUGCACAUGCAUUGCUAAAUAAUUGCGGCGCCGAACGACUGAAGACACUAACUAUACAGAUCACAAAUCGUUAUCAACUGUUGCAAGUGUUGAGCAAGGAAGUUGUCAAUCGCUGGUCGAAUUUGGUGGACGAUCAUCAAAUAUAUCAAGACAAAUACAAUGAAGUUGAUCUAUGGCUCCAACCAAUCGAACAUCAGCUAGAGAAUGCGUUGAAAAACGAACCCUCACAAGCCGCUAACAUUUUGCAAGUUCUACUCUCUGAAAAAGAACAAGCUGAAACCUUAUUUAGCGCAUUAAAUGCUGCUGGUGAAAAAGCAUUACCCGAAACAUCGACUGAGGGUCGUGAGAAGAUACGUAAAGAUCUGCGUGACAUACACGAGCGUUGGGAUAAAUUGGAUGAUGGUAUACGUAAUCUGCAGAAACGGCAGGAGGCACAAAGUGUGCAGCUGUCAAGCUAUCAUGAUAUUCUUGGACAGACCGUCAACUGGUUGGAUCAAAUUGAAAAGGUAUUGCAGAAUGAAAAUCCCAGCACUUGGACAAGUGCGCAGGAAAUACGCUCCAAAUUGUACAAAUACAAAGCUACCACACAGGAUAUUAACUCGCAUAAACGCAUCAUUGAAGCUGUGAACGAAAAGGCUGCCGUGCUGUUGGAGGGCACGGUACCAGCAAAUGCCGCUGAGAUCAAGAAUUCCGUCGCUGAUGUUAACAAGCGCUACGAGAAAGUAGCGGGCGAUUGCGCCAAAUUGCUUGGUGAGCUCGAGGAAGCAUUCGAUGUGUAUCAACAGUUCAGUGAAUUGCAGAAGGCACAACAGGAUUAUCAAAAGAAUUUGUGGGAUCGUUUGACCGGCUAUUCGGAUUAUUCUGGCAAUAAGCCGGCUUUACAAGCGCGCCUAAGUAAGAUAUGUGAAAUUCAAGAUGCUUUACCCGAAGGUGUGGUAAAACUACAAAAUCUGUCCGCACAUAUUGAUGAGAAGGCCAAGUUGUUGCCGGCGCGUUCCAAAGAGGCGAUGUCACGAGACCUGGCUAAUUUGCAUGCCGAUUUCGAUAAGUUCAGCGCUGCGCUCAGCGAUGUGAAGAGCGGUCUUGAGAAUCGUCUGCAGCAAUGGAGCGAUUACGAAGUGAACUUGGAUCGUUUGAUCAAUUGGUUGAGUGAAGCUGAGAAUGCUCUCAAGAAUUACAAUCCCAAGUCCACAAUGGAAGAGAAAGAAGAACAAUUGAACCGCUUCCAAUCACUAAUGCAGAACUUGCGUCAGAAUGAAAUUGAAUUUGAGAAAAUGAAAGACGAUUCUUCGGAGCUCAUUCAAAGUUCAGGCGAAACUAGAAUUGCCGUUAAUGUUCAACAAGUUACCUCACGCUUCCAGUCUAUACAAGCAACAACAAAAGAGAUUCUCAAGAAAUGUGAACAAUCUGUGUAUGAUCAUCAACAAUUCAAUGAGAAAUACAAGCAGUGUUCAGAUUUUCUAGCCAACGCUCAAGCGAAAUACGAUGACUCUAGUGACCUAUCGCAGGUGGGUUCUCGUGACGAUCUUUUGAAGAAACAGACUGCAAUUCAAGAGCUGUUGACACAACAACCCAAUGCUUCGUUGAUGUUGAACAGCACCAUUGAAGCGGGUGAGAAGUGCUAUCCUUCAACGGCCACAGAAGGUCGUGAGGCAAUACGCGUACAAUUGGCAGAGCUGCAAGAAGCUUUCGAUAAGCUCUAUGACAAUGUAACAAUUACUUCGCGUAAGUUACAGGACAAGAUGUCCAAAUGGUCUGGUUUCGAUGAAAUCGCCGAGAAAUUGCAAAACUGGCUGAACGAAAUCGAGAAAACACUACCAACCGAUAUAGAAUUGAAAACAACUUUGGACGAGAAACGCGCCAAAUUGCAAACAUAUCGUGACAUUCUCAAUGAUCUCAAUAAUCAUCAAGUUGAGGUGAAGAACUUGCAAGAAAUCGCAAGCAAUUUGCCAGAGCAAAAUGACCAUGUUGAUAAUAUUACCAAAGAAAUUGUCGAACAAUUUGCUAAAAUACAUAAGCGUGCACAAAACUUCGUGGAACGCUAUGAAGCCAUUGUGAGUGAUCAUCAACAAUACACUAAAGCCGUUAUGGAAGCACAGGAGUACAUUGAGGCCACACAUAACACCAUUGACUAUUGGGGCGAUUUGGAUUUGGAACAGGUUUCACUCCAUACAAAUUUGGAUCGUUUGAAGAACCUCAAAGACAGCUUGGCGGAUGAGUUUCCACGUGUCGAUCAAGUGCGUGCUCUGGGUGAAAAGGUUAUUCCUGGCACUGUCGAGAGUGGACAGACAAACAUCAAGUCACAAAUCGACACCACACAACAAGAGUGGGAAGGUCUAAUCGCAGCCAUUACAUCAACCAUUGAAGCUAUUGAAAAUCGUUUACAACAAUGGGCGGAAUAUGAACAAUUACGCGAUCAAUGUUUGGCAUGGAUUAGAGAAUCCGACAACAAGUUACACGCGAUUGAUCUCAAGCCAACACUCGAUGAAAAGAAAGCUCAGUUGGAAGCAUUAAAGAACUUGCAAGGUGAAAUGCGUGCUAAGGAGCUGGAAAUCGAUAGCGUUUCCGAAAAAGGUCAGCUAUUACUGAAAGGUGCCUCCAGCAUGCGCUCAUCUGGACCUGAAUUAACAACCAAGUAUCAGCAGAUAUUCCUCAAAGUAAAAGAACUGAAUAAUCGUUGGCAACAGUAUGUGACUUCACAUCAGGAAUUCGACAACGCCGUCUCUGAAUGCGCCACAUGGAUUAAUGGCAUCAAAGACAAAUUGGAUUACUGCGCUGAUAUGUCUUCUAUGAGUCAAAAAGAGUUGGAUAAGAAGUUGGCAACCAUACAAGAUAUCAUAUUAUUGAAGGAUGAAGGUUCUGUAAAAGUACUUAGUAUUGUUGAAUUGGCACAGAAUGUGCUUGCCAAUACAGCACCGACUGGCCACGAAGCGAUCAACAAAAAGUUGACAGAUCUACAAGAAUUGUGGUCUAAUAUUACAUUACGUAUCAUCGAUGUAAAGGCCACCUUGGAUGACUCUAUAACUCAAUGGUCAGGAUUCUUGGAACAGGUACAAAAUGUACGCAAAUUCAAUGAAUGGCUUGAGAAUGUACUAAAAGAACUCUCUGAAAAUCAAACUACCAUGCCUGAGAAGCGUGCGCAACUCGACCGCAUCAAGGCCACCGAAGAGAAGGUGCGCGUAGAAAAGAUCGACGUUGAUGCACUGAAAGUGCAGGCUAAGGAGAUGAUUGCUAGCGGACAGCAAAGCCAAGCCGCGUUCCAAGCGCAAAAAGUACUAGACACCUUUGACGAAUUAUAUGUUCGCACACAAAAAUUGCUCUCCGAUCGUCAUGAUCAAUAUAGAGAUCAUCGUCUCUACAAGGAAGCGUAUGACGAUUUGGUUAGCUGGAUUAGUCGUGCACGUGAGAAGUUCCCUGCUCUUAAGCAGAGCAGUCUAAGCGACAAAUUGGCCAUUGAGAAUGCAGUGCAAGCCACUGAAGCCAUGUUAAACAAACAGGCACAAGGUGAACUAUUGGUCGAACAUUUGGUUCAUACUGGUGAGGUCGUAUUGACCAGCACAUCACCACAGGGACAAGAAAUCAUUCGUAAUGAUAUACGCGCAUUGCGGGAUAGUUUUGAGUCACUCUUCCGUGAGAUUAAUCAACAAAAGGAAAGCUUGGAGGUAACUAUGGUGCAAUGGCGCGCUUACAAGGAUGAGUAUGAGCGCUUAAUUGAAUGGCUUCAACAAAUCGAUAUACUUGUAAAGAAUCACAAGUUGAAUUUAGCGCCAAGCUUGCCAGACAAAGAGAAGCAAGCUGCUGAUAUGGCUGAAGUUUUGGCGCGUUUGGAGAAUGGCAAAGAAGAUAUUGACAAAUUUAAUGCCUCUUCUGCGGGAUUACUAAAAUCACACUUGGAAUCCUACGUCAACAACCAGCUGAGACACUUGAACUCAAUGUAUCAAGUUCAAGUCAAUCUUGCUAAGGAUGUGUUAAAGAAAGUUGAGACUAAUCGUGAUCAACAUCGUGAAUAUAACGCAAACUUGAAGGCUGCGCAAGACUGGAUAAAUGAUGCCAAAGCUGCAAUACGCGAAGCUAGUGAAUCCUCCAGCGCAGGUUCGAAAGAGCUGUUGCAGAAACGGCUAGAAAAGAUUCAACAAUUGAUAAGCAAUCGUGAAAUUGGACAGAACCUGGUACACACAGCGAUCAACAACGGCGAAAAGGUGGUGAGGAACACCCGCUCCGAUGGUCGUGAUACGAUCAACAGUGAAAUGAGAGAUUUGCAGAACGAUUGGGAUAGGUUAGUUAAGAAAAUGUCAACCGCCAAGGUACAAUUGGAAACCAACCUACUUCAAUGGGCCGAUUAUAGCUCGAGCUAUUCACAAUUGCAACAAUGGAUUACCGAUCGUGAGAGUAAGUUGCAACAGGCUUGUGACCAGAAGGUUGUGAAGUCAAAACGUGGUCAACCUGGUCUCACAUCCGGUUUGAGUGAACGUAAAGCGAAUCUACGACAAACUAAUAAUAUUGUGCAAGAUAUAGUCUCUUUCGAACCAAUGAUACAAUCGGUGGCUUCGAAGGCAUCCGACCUACAACAGGGCGCUCCUGCCUCAGAAAUUUCCAACAAAUAUGAAACACUCACCAAACAAGCAAAGGAUCUAUAUGAAAAGCAAAAGACAACAAUCGACGAAUUCCAGGCACUCAUUGAUGCGGGUAACGAGUUCGCUGCAUGGUUGCGCAGCGCUAAGGAGCGUUUAAGCAAGUGCUCAGAGCCUACUGGCGAUAAACAAGCACUGGCUGAGAAAACACAUCAACUGAAGAUUCUGCAAAGUGAAGUGCCAGAAGGUAAAAAGAAAUUGGAAGCUGUAUUAAUGCAGGGUGAGAGCGCUGCACGCAAUGCUGAACAAGAAGAUCGCGAGAUUAUUGAAGAAGAAGUUGGUUUGUUGCAAGAAGAGUUCGAUGCCUACGUAGAUGCACUCACGAAAGCUAAGGAUUAUUUGGAAGUUGGUAUUGUCAAGUGGUCAGACUACCAAGAUCAAUAUGGCGAAGCAUUAGAAUGGCUUACCAAAACCGAAGCAUUGGUGCAAUCCUACAACAAAUUACAAGACAGUUUAACACGCAAAAAGGUGGUGUUGGAAGAGUUCCAAGGUCAUUUGCAAACGCUUUUCGACUGGCAGAAAACUUUAGAUCACCUGAAUAUGAAGGCACAAAUGCUGCUGGAGACCUGCUCGGACACACGCAUCAGCAACGCUAUUAUGCAGUUGACAACCAAAUACAAUGCUCUACUGGCGCUGGCCAAGGAAGUGAUGCGUCGUUUAGAGUUGCACUAUCAAGAACACCAACAGCAUCGCACUUUGUAUGAGGAAUGCCAAUCUUGGAUUGAAACUACACGCGAGAAACUUGAGGAGUGUGCACAAAUACCUGGCACACUGAAUGAGGUACAAAUCAAACUCAACACUGUUAAAAAUCUGCGUCAAGGCUUUGAGUCGGGUCAGAACAAGCUACGUUAUCUGCUCGAACUGAAAGAGAAGGUAAUCAUGAACACUGAACAAGGUGGUGCUACCAAAGUGCAAGAGGACACUGAAACUUUGAAACAAGACUUCGAUAAACUGCUUGUCGACAUGAAUGACGUGCGUCAGAAACUGGCAAAUCGUCUGUCACAAUUGGAGGAAGUUUACAAACUACUUAAGCUGCUGACCGAAUGGCUUGAAGAUGUCGAACCGAGCGUCAAGACGAGCGACGAGUUCUUGAACGAUUUAAGUGAAAAGCGUGCCGCAUUGGAGAAAUUCCGUGCCAUACAACGUGAUAUAAACGGUCAUAAUGAUAUUGUUGAGAAGAUUAACACACGCUUGAACGAAGAUAACAGUCUUGACCGUAAAGACUUCAGCGAUGGUCUCAGCAAAUAUGAGAACUUGCAAGAGACCGUUGGUAAAAUCAUCGAGUCGCUCGAAAAUCAAGUCAAUAACCAUGACAAAUACAAGCAAGCAUUCAAUGAAAUACAAGAUUGGCUGCGACGCACACGUAUUGAGAUAGAACAGUGUGCUGACUGUCAUGGUGAAAAGGCACAAGUAGAAGAACGUCUCAAUAAAUUGGGUGAUAUUGGAGCUAGCAUGGUCGAGGGUAAAUCACUGCUAGACGCCUGUGAAGAAUUGAGUCAAGCAGUGAUUGCCACAAGUGGUAAUGAAGGUCAAGAUACCGUCUCGCAAGAAAUCAAACAAUUGGUUGCCGAAUGGGAGGCACUGCAGGCAAUGGUGCGUGAUGCACGUUCCAAUUUGGAAACCUGCCUCGGUUUGUGGAAUUCAUUCUUGCAGAAUUUCAUUAAGAUUAACAAAUGGAUUGAAGAUAUUAGCCGACGUGUUGCUACCGCUGGCGAAGCCGACAAUAAAACACCCGACGACUUGGCAUAUGCCAAGAAACUAUUGGAGGAAGUUGUAGCGGAGAAGGACAAUGUCGAAGACCUGAACGAUGCUUGUGAAUUGCUUAUGGAACACAGCGCAUGCACUCGAGUUCGUGAUCAGACCGUGGAAACCCAGUCCAACUACACUAAACUGCUUACACUGGCGCAAGGUCUCGUUUCCAAAAUCGAAAAGAAUCUUUCAGAUCACACCGAGUUCUUGAAUUAUAAGAAGGAAAUGGACGCAUGGAUUGAGAAGGCGCAAGAAAUACUUGAUGGCUGCACUGUAGAUGGUGAUGUUAGCGAAAUCGCACAACAACUGGAGACAGUCAACUCUUUGGCGUCACGUCUCCCUGAGGGUCAACAUUUGCUCGGUAUGGUACAAGAGGCGUACACGAAAGCAUCGAAUAUAACUCCCGAAGGCAAGCAAGAGGUACUGCGUGAUUUGAUGACUAAAGUACGUGAAGAUUGGGACACAUUGGGACUAGCUGUCAAGCAGAAGUUGAGUGACUUGAAGCAAGCACAAAAUCGCUGGUCCGACUUUGCCAACAAUCGUGAUAAGCUCGAGAAGUGGCUCGUCAAUACUGAGAACACACUCAAAACUGUGCCCGACACUAAGGGUGAACUAAGCGAAAUGAAGACACUACUCGAACGCUACAAGACACUACAAAACGAAAUCAAACAAAAGGGCAUUGAUAUUGAAAAUCUACUAGGCGAAGCCAAGGGCUUAGGUACCGAAGUAGAUGCGGUACACCAAAAGCAGACACGUUGGGAGAAAGUAAAGAACGAUUGCGCAGCCUACAUUAAGAGUUUGGAGAACGAAAUGGCCGACUACAAUGCCUAUCAUCAGAGCUUGCAGGAUAUCGAGAAAUGGCUGUUGCAAAUUUCCUUCCAAUUGAUGGCACACAAUUCGUUGUUCAUUUCGAAUCGCGAACAAACUGAAGAACAAAUCAAGCAACACGAAGCUUUACUGGAUGAAAUUCAAAAGUAUCAAUCCAAUUUGGACGAUUUGAAUUCAAAAGGACAAGCACAAAUCAAACGUUAUGAGCCGACAACACCAGCAAUUCGCGACACUGUCGAGUCACAGCUGAAGAACAUACAGGACAGCUACAACUCGUUGUUGCAGACCUCAGUGCAGAUUAGGAAUCGCUUGCAUGAGUCCUUGGCCAAAUUCAAGGAAUACGAAGACACACUGGAUAGUAUAAUGCGCAAUUUGGAGGCCUAUGAACCGAUCAUACAAAAUGAGCUGGAUGCGCCCGCGACAAGUUUGGAGCUGGCGCAACAGCAAUUGAAGUGUGCGCAGAAUCUGCAAACCAAACUAAACAACGAAAAGUCCCGGCUCGCUGCCGCUGUGCAGGCUUGUGAAGCUGCCACUGCCUCCAUCAGCCGUCCCAGCUCACCACUAGAGUCUGCCAUGCAAACCAUACCCGAGCGUGAGCUCAUUGUGCGCGCCAAGCUGGAAGAUUUGUUGGAUCAGGUGCAAUCCCAUUUGGGUGGAUUGACCGCUUCAGUGAGUGAAUUAGAGCAACAACAGAAACAACGCGCUGAGCUCCAAGAUUGGGUUAAGAAACAGGAGACAACUGUUAGUGAUUGGCUAACACGGCCAUGCAAGUUGCGUCCAGAAGCAGCUAAGCAAGAGUUGGUUGCCAUGAAUGACUUGCUGAACUCGAUUGGUGAUAAGCGUUCACAACUGAUGUUAGAGAUGACUGGAUCAUUGGCCGAUGAGGACACUGAUCUCGACGACAACCUCGACAAACUCGAGUCCGAGUUAAUGAACGCUAUUGCUAAGAAGCAAGCAGGUCAGAAUGAUAUCGAUAGCUAUCGCCAAGGUGUACAGGAUGUACAAAACUGGUUUGAUUCGCUCAUUAAACGUAUGGAUGUAUUGGAUAAAGGUUCCGGUUUGAAUUGUGCCCAGAAAAAGGCUGCCAUUAAUGAAAUCAAGAAAGAGUUUGAAGAGCAAGGUCCGAACAAAAUCCAAGAGCUGAAGGGCAAAGCAGCACAAGUUGUCGAAGCUAUUAGCAAUUUGGAUGGCCAACAGGUGGAAGAACAAAUGAAAUCAUUGGAUCGCCGUUAUGCAGAUCUCGGCAAACGCAUCGAUCGCAAGUCACAGCUGCUGGAUGUUACCAAUAAAGGCGUUGAGGGUGCUAAGGGUGAAAUCGAACAGUUACAUAACUGGGUCAAGGAUAAGAUACAAGAGCUGCAAACACCCACUGCAUUGGGUUAUGAACCGAAAGCAGCUGAGGCACGUCAACAAGCUAUUAAGGGUAUCAUGAAGGAGGCCGAAGCGAAGAAGUCACAAGCUGACGCUUUGGAGAAACGUAUUGCCAAUAUGCAGCCCGAGCUUGAACCAGUCGAAUACGCACAACUUGAGUCGGCGCUGCGUCAAUUGAAUUCUGAGCAAAAGAAUCUAUCUGAAGUGCUCAAGAGUGAAUUAGAUCGCGCGCUGGAUGCGUCUAAAGCACGUAAAGCGUUGGAAGUUGAUUUGGAGAAGGCACGCGCUUGGUUGAAAUCGAAGAUUGCCGAAGUACGUAAAUUGCCUGUGUACCACCCACUGCCAUCAUCCGAAAUCGAGAAAAAAAUACAAGAGAACAAGAAGUACGAUGAUGAAGCGAAGCAAUUCAAUGAUUCGGUGUUGAGCGAUGUACAACGUCAAGCGGCGAAUAUAAUGAAGGACUGUCCGGAAGCAGACAGAGCAGCUUUGCAGAAAAUACUUGAUGAAAUAGCCGGCGACUAUCAAACCCUAAAGGAUGAGAGCGGCAAACGAGCUAAAGCUUUGAGCGAUCUUCUGCAGGGACGUAAAUCGUUCGAGGAUGCUAUGAAGAAUAUGAGCGAUUGGUUGAAUGAGAUGGAAACCGCCACUUCUGGUGAAUUGCGUACAACCAGUGUACCGGUGUUGGAAGAACAAAUGGCUCACUACAAGAAAUUGCUCGAGGAUGCCGAAAGCAAGGCUGAUUUAAUGAACAAUGUGGCCGACCAAGGCAAGGGUAUAUUGCCCACGCUAAGCAACCCUGAUAAGUUGAAACUAAACGACGACAUUAAAAACUUGAAGGACCGUUACGGUAAAGUGACACAGAACAUUAAGGAUCGCGUAAAUACGCUUUCCGAUCAUAUCAAGAAAUACAAGGAUGCCAAGGGUAAAUUAGCUGACUGCAUGCAAUUCCUCAACACAAUACAGCAACGUUUGCGUGAGCUCAACAAACCGAUCGGCUCAAAGAUCGAGGAUGUACAAGAUUUGCUGGGCGCAUACGAGGGUAUAUUGAAGGAACUCAAGGAUAGCAAGAACAAAAUGGGUGACAUACAAAUGGAUGAUCUACCCGAGUUGCAGAGUAUACUACAGCAACAGGAUGACAUGAUUAAAUUGAUUGAGGAUCAACUGGCUCAUCUGCGUCAAUUGUUGUUGCUACGUGAGCAAUUCAUUGCGCUGAUCAAUGAGAUUAUUGCUUUCAUCAUGAAGUACACUGAUGUCAUACUCGAUAUUGAGAAUUCUCCGGACAGUUUGGAGGACAAAAUCAACAAGUACGACGAUGUUAUUGUGAAGAUACAAGAAUGUGAGGGUCUGUUGGCCUCUGCUACCGAUAAGGGUCAGAAGAUCGCAUCGGAGGGUUCUGCUGCCGACAAGAACAGCAUUACUGAACAGUUACAAUCACUGAAGAAUCAACUACAAAACCUACGCAAGGCAGUCGAGUCACAACGUCAAAAACAUCAAGUACAACUCGAACACCAUCGCAAAAUGGCUGCUGAACUGUCAGAAAUUCUCGACUGGUUGCAUAAUAAUGAAGCGUCUGCCAAGUCACGUCCUCUAUUGGAUCGUGAUCCUGAAUCUGUAGAACAUGAAAUUCAGAAACAUCACAAACUACGCAACGAAAUUCAGGAAUAUCUCGAUAAAUUCGACAAAAUCAAUGCUAGCGUCAAAACAGAGGUUGGCAUGCCCGGCUCGCUGGUUGAAAUGCUAUCCGAAGGUCGCUCAUUAGUCUCCUCACUGCCACAAGAGCUUGAAGAUCGCGAGAAAUACUUGAUCAACAAUCGCGAUUCACGUCUUGAAUACAUGAAAUUGGUGGCCAAAUUCAAUGAUUGGGUCCACGAAGCUGAGACACGCCUACAGAAUAGCCAACAUGGCAUCGACUAUGAAAAUCUUGUACAAGACUUGGAAGAACAUAAGAUCUUCUUCGGCAAUGAGACACCAAUUAAGAAUUUGGUGCAUAAACAAAUCCAAGAAGCUGCCGAUAAGAUUUGGCCCUCGCUGAGCAGCUUCGAACAGUCGGAAUUGUCACGCGAAUUGGCGCAACAUCAAACUAAAUUGGCCAAUACCAUUGCAACUGCCAAAUCGCAGCAAGGCGAAUUGGAGAAAGAGGUCGAGCGUUGGCGUGAGUACCAGCAAUCGGUGGAGCGCGUUAAAGCAACCAUUGAACGCAGCAAGUUUAGCGAUGAACCCGUACAGAAUCUGGCUGGCCUGCAUUUCAAUAUACAGAAAUUGACACAUGCCAUCGGCAAUGUGCAGAGCCAAACUAGUGACAUCACACUCGCCAAUCAGCAGGCGCAGGGCCUUAUACGUCAAGCCGACGCACGCAAUCGUCAGCUGAUUGAACAGGAUAACGCCGAAUUGAAUCGUUUGUGGAACGAAUUGUUGAAAGGACUCGAGACUCGGCGCGAUUCGUUGCAGAGCAUUGCUGAACGUUGGGACGAAUUUGAGAAUCACUUGCAUAGCUGGGAGAAGGCAAUUAGCCGCUUGGAAGAUAAAUUCCGCAAUGUCGACCCAGUAGUUAGGUCGCGACGUCAUUUGGAAGAUACAAAGAAUGCCAUCCAGGAAAUACUCGCCGAAUCUGAAGAACUUAAAUCAUCACAUAAAGAGAUUGAGGCGCUCUCAAAAUCAAUCGUCACAUUCCUUGGGGAAGUUCACCAACCCACAUCGCAGGCCCUACAGGCCAAAGUGGAUAACUUAGUACAGCAGCAAACAAAAUUAAACGACACCUUACGCGAGAAGGAUCGUCAAGUUGGUAAGGAUCUGGAAGAGAUCGAAACGGUCUUCCAUCGCAUCUCAGAGUUGCAAGAUAAAUUCAACGCCCUACUCGAGCAGAUACAAGAAGUGCACACCUUUGACGAGCAUAUUGACGCCAUUGAAAAGUCUUUGAACGAUUUGCAGCAACAAGUUGGCAAGGCAGUUGUGGAGAGUACCCAACUGAUUGCCAAAACCAAGGAAAACUAUUUGCAGAAACAAAAUCUGGUACCAAGUGAUAUAGCACAGGAGUUUACCGCAUUAGAGUUGCUCUCCGAGCGUGUACAAGGCGCCAUGGAAACCAAACAGAAAGAAUUCAAACGUGCCAAGACUGUACGCACCGAAUACCUGAGCGGCGUCGAUGAAAUACAAAGAUGGCUGCGACAGGCGGAGGUACAAGUGCAAGAUCGUACACUCGCACCCGCACAAAUGAAAGAACUACUGCAUCGUAUCAAUCAGGAAAUAGCCGGCAUUUAUGAACGUUUCACAAUGGUCAAGACAAAUGGACAGCUGAUUAUCGACAAUUGUCGCAACAGUAAUGAAAAAUUGCUGGUGCAAUCGACGAUCGAUCAGUUGGCACAGGAAUUGGGACAAGUACGUGCGUGGUUGGAUGAGAAGAAACAACAAGUUGGCGAUAGUUUAGAUGCAUGGACGAGAUUUAUGAAUCUGUAUCAAAUUGUGAUGGCGUGGGUAGCGGAGAAACGUACCUUCAUCGAUCAGACAAUCGAAUUGCGUACACUGCACGAAGCGCGCAACAAACUCAAUGACUAUGUAGUGGCUGUGAAGAGCAUUAAACCGAUCGUGAAGCAUUUGAGCGAAAUGGACAAGGAACUGGAACACAUUGGACAAGUGACGACUGUGGGCGAUCUCAAGGAAAAACUACAAGAGGCGGAAGAUGCGAAGGUUUCCGUGGAAGCAGUGUUGCUGGAAAGGAAUUCGCUGCUACAAGAAGCCUGCGAAGAAUGGGAUCAAUGCGAACGCAAAAUCAAGGACAUACGCGGCUGGAUAGACAAGACGAAACAAUCGCUGGAUUCACCACAGCACAAGAAGAAACCGCUACGCGAUCAAUUGGGUUACUGCGAGAAAACACUGGCGGACAUCAAUGUACAGAAGACCAAACUGCGUUUAUCUAUCGAAAAAUUGGAGGUGCACUUCCGCAAUGGUAUGGGUGGCGAUCCGCGCCUUAGCGAGAAUGUCGAUGAUUUGCUGAAGAUCUUGGACGGACUGGCGGAAUUGGUGCGCACCAAAACCACCAGUCUGGAAGAGACGCUCAGCCAGAUCGACAUCUACCAGCAACAGAUGCAAACAUUGCGUCAGAAGAUCAUACAAGAGGAGCAACAAUUGCGACUCGUUAUGGCGCCCACGUAUCUGCCACACGAUCGUGAGCGUGCAUUAGCAGAGCAACAGGACUUAACGCACGAUAUCGAAGAUUUACUGCAAUCCCUAUCGACGGUCGAAGAUGGCAUUGGUAAUUUGCCGAGCGCUAGUUUGGAUGGCAUGCUGCAAGGAUUGAAGCUAAUCCAAGAGAAUCUGGAGUACCAAGAAAAGGAAGCAACACGUCUACAAGAAAUCGGACAAACACUACCAACGGAUCCUGGAACUGAGCGUAUACUCAACGAGAUCAAAGAUCGUAUUGAUCUGUUAUUGCGUCGCACACAGCAAGGCAUAUCCAUGAUAGCGAACGCCAUGCACGGUCAGAAGAAGCGCGAGGAGGAACUCAACGAAUACCAAAUGCAUUUGAUUGCAUUGCAGGAAUGGAUUAUGGAGGUAUCGCAACAACUUAAAGACCUCGAACCGACACCCGAAGUCGCCGAGAAUGAGGAACAGCUUAAAUCGCAAGCCGAACGUAGUCAGCAAUUGCUACGCACACUCAAGGAUAAACAGCAAUCGCUGGAGGAGUUGGUCGAAAAGACGCGUCUACUGCAGCAACAUGAAGAUGUUGCGCCAAUGGCCUGUGAUCUGAUGGAUCAGCUUGAGCUUAUUAUAACGCUGUUGCGUGAGCAGAUCACUGUAGCCACCACACGUAUUUACACCAUCGAGAAGACUAUUGUGGAGUUACGUAAAGCUCGACAGGAAGAAGAGCACCGUAAGCGCGUAGCAGCCGAAGCUUUAAUACAGCCACCAAUCAGCGCGCCAGCGUCUAUUGAAUCAAAUGCUAGCACCAUUGAUUCGACACCGAUGCCAGAGGAAGAAGUUAAACCAGUUCAAAUACAAGCGCUCGCAGUAGAAACCCAAACGUCCGAUAGUCUUGCCGCGCCACAACAGCAACCUGUUGUGGAGACAUACACAGUUGAGGCGCAAACUAGUUUCGCAGAACCUGCUGUGCCAUUAGCGCCUUUCGUUGAGACUACUGAGACUGCCAUGCAGACGCAGAAGGAGCGUAAGCCAACCGAGAAUAUUUUAGUCACCUCAACCAUACAAGCCGGUCAUGAAACUAUACAGAUUGAUACCAUACCGAAUAAGAAGAUACCUGAUGUGGCAGAGGAUGUUGAAAUCGAAGCGCGUUAUCAUCAACAACCGCAAGGAGAUGUGGAUCGUGCCACCGAGCUGGUAUUGAAGAAUGUGCCGCAAGCAUUCGAAACCACCUUUGUCGAACCUGAUCAAACUACAACCGAAGUUGUGGUGGAUGCAGACGGUACGAAGCACAUUAUUGUGAAGAAAGUAACGCGCACACGCCAACAAGUGGUGCAGCAUCAGCAAAUCAGUUCAAUUGCCACGGUCACGGAUGCCGAUGGUAAUAUUCAGAUACAAUCCACCGGUCAAUUGAACUUGGAAAAUGUGCAAACUGCCGACACCAGUGGUGAUGAUCAACGCGGCUAUCAGACGGUUGUAACGCAGCAGACACGCGGCACUGUUGUCGACGGUUCAGAUCCGAAUGCGGUGGUCGUUAAGGAGUUCGAGACUGAGCCAACAAUCGAACGGUUUGAGCAACUGCAAACACCUGAAGGCCAAACCGAAAUGAUUACCGUUGUAAAUGAGGGUCCGACAACCACAGCCACUUCGCAAAGCAGCAUACGCGCGGUUGUGCAGCAAGUAACGCGCAAAAUCAUACGAAAGACACGUAAGAUUAUUAAGCGCAUCGUUGUAAUCGAUGGUGUGGAACAUGUCACCGAAGAGGUGGUUGAGGAGCCAGAAGAAAUCGAGGUCAGUGAAGAAGAGUUGCCGCCACAGGUGAAUGUGAACAUCAUACGCACCGUCAAUGGCAAAGUGGUGACCGAGGAAGAGUUCGAACGGCUGACGAAAGAACCAGGCGUGGUAAUUGAAGAGGUUUCGACUGAUUUGUUGGAACCGCAGUUGCCACAGUCAAGCGCACCUGUAGACGAGGCUGUUCCAUUAGUGACAGACUCAACGCAGCCGCAACAGGUAUUUGCAAUUGAAUCUUCCAUUAUAACUACUACAACAACACAAACACAACCAACAACAACCAGUAUUAAAACAACAAGUACUACAGAAAGAACAACAACAUCAACAGACCAAGCACCAGUAGAAUUUGUUGAUUUGCCCGCACCAAAAGUAGUUGAACAAAGAAUAAUUGAAACCGUAGAAACUACUAGUACUAGCCCUGUUAAUAUUCCAGCGGACUUAAGUACGACACCAUAUGAACAGACAAUAGUAGUUGAAGAGGAAAUUUCACCAAGCGUACAAAGCAUUGAACCAACUAAACUCAUAGAAAAUAUUCAUGAGAUUUGGCCAAAAGAACAUCAUUUGGUGCCAACUGAUAUCGAUUUCUCUCAUCAUUCUGAUGACGCACUCAAACCAUUGGUUGAGACAUAUGAAGUUACAGCAACCACUGAGUCCAAACCAGUGGAUACUGUUUGGCCAACGGAUAAAGAUACGGGUUAUCCAGUUUCUCUGGAAGAAUACAAAUUCGAAAAAGUUAUAGCACCCAAAGGAAAGUCUAAAGAAAGUGAACCCGAACAAAAGACGGCAAUAGAGACAACAACAACUACUACAACAGUUACUACUGAGCAGUUAUCGCCUGAGAAAAUAGUCGAUGUCACCGAAACCACAGAAAUAUCAGCAUCCGUUGACACUGAAUUAGUUAUGCCGCAAUUGGCUCCAUUCAAAGAGCCGGAAACUUUAGUCUCUGAGCAAAUCCCAUCUGCAGUAUUACCACCACCUGAAGUUUUGUCAGUGGAAGGUCAGUCAGCUCAGGAACCUACUCCCAUACCAUCUGAACCAACAGUAUUACAACCAGAACUACCACCCGCACAAGUAACCAUUGUCAAAGAGUCAGUAACAACACCACCCGUUGAAGAAACAGAAGCAGUUAUUGUGGAAACACCAGCUAGUGAGCAAGUUUCGUUAACAUCUAACGAAACAGAUACUAAAACGCCACCGGAGGACAAGUUUCUGCACACAUUACCUCCCGAAAAGUCCCAAAUCGACAUACGAGCUGCAACACAGCUCUUUAUAUCUGGCGAAGUGUUGGCCACUGACAGUGAUUCUCCACGAAAGUCAUUCACAGUAACUGCGCCCUCUAUCGAGCAAACAGGCAGCGGUGUUUUGAAAGUUGUUAUGACACCUGAAGAAGAUAUUGAUCCUAAACAAUUGCCACCUAAAGUGAGCAUGACAAUUGUUGAAACCUCAACGGUGACCGAAACAGAGCGUGAGGAUACUACAUCGCGCGGCGAUGAAUUGAAUCUGACACCGGUCGAUGCCAAGCGAAGUCGUAAGAAAAAGAAAAGAAAGGAAGAUGUCGAGCCUGAAUUUGAGCAAAGUGAAGAAGAACCUAAGGUUGAGAAAUCUGAGGUGCCAGUGUCUAGAAUUUCAGUGUCCGAAAUCGACAUUGAAUCGCCUCGUGAAACUGGCUAUGAAGCUGAUGACGUAUCUCUUUAUGAUUAUGAGAAUGAAGAUUUAAGAAAGAUGCGACAUAAGAGGAAGAAGCAAAGAUCAAGAAUACCCGAAGAUGCAGAGUCUCAUGUGCCGUCAUCAGAAGCAACACCACGUGAUAUUGAAACACCUAGUUUGGAGUCUGAAGGUAAAGUUAAGCAGGAGGUGAUUGCCGAGAUUAGCCCAGAAAGUGAAGCGACCAGCAUUGAAAUAGAUACUUCAGUUAAGGUUGUGGAGGAAGCCAUAGUAUCGCCAGAUUCUGAUUCACCACGUGCGCCUUUUACUGAGCUAGUAAUUCCCACCGAGGUAAUAGAAGUUUCCUACGUGGAAGAUGAACAGCAACAAACAACGCCACGUGAGGAAACGCCUGCACCGAGCUAUGAAGAACCAAUGAAAGAGAUAAAAUCUUCACAGACAUCUCCCGAACAUAAGCCCAAACAAGAAGAAAUCUCCUUGCAGACAAGCAUUGACAUUGUACCAGAAAGCCAAGAAACUGAGGCGCAGACGAUCACAGUUGAAAUAACGGAUACUGAAAUGCAGACAACACCGCGUUCUGAGGAGCCGGUUACGCAAAUAACUCUUGAGCCAAAACAAACUGAAGAAGAAGAAGUACAAACUGAGGUAUCUUAUUCUGAACCUCUGCCGCAAGUAGAAGUUCCUGCUAAGCCAGAAACCACAGAAAUAUCAAGCCAAACAAUUGUGGUUACCACCAUUGAAAAGGAACUACAAACCACACCUAAAGAAUCACCACGCUCACCUGAGGCAAGUACCAGCGAAGUCGUUCAACCACUUGUACAAGAGUUGGUCAAAGAUUUGACUACAGAUUUACCAGCUGAAAAGGUUGAAAAAUCUGACCAAGCUAUUGGAACAGAUUACACAGUCACUCAUGAGACUUACGUACAAACUCUCACCCCAGAACCGGUGGAUUAUGUUCAACCUGCAAGUACACCCGAACCGGUAAUUGAAGAAUUCAUAGAACCAGUGCAAGUAGUUAAAGCACCUGCCGAGCAACGUGAUCAGCACACCACCACACUCGAGUUGACUCAACUUGUAGACUCAACAUCUCAGACCACUCCACGUGAGGAGCCUCAACAAAUAGAACAGCCUAUUUCUUUAGAACCAGUUACACUAACAGAAGAUAUUUCAUCAACAUUGACUUCCUUAUCUGAGCCGUACAAUAUAGAAAUUCAAACUUCGGUGGCAAUACCGCCAGAUACGGACAACUCAGAGAUUGAUCCGAUUGUAUAUGAGCAUACACAAACUAUUGAAUUGCCCAAACGGGAUAAAAAGAAAAAAGAUAAGAAAAAGAAGAAGCACGCCUCUCAAGAAAAACCGGACGAAGAUGAGUCUAUUGUCGAGCAGUUGCCAGAGGUCAAUGUGAAUAUCGAAAUAGCAAAGGACAUUGUACCGGAAGCAGGUGUGGUGGUAACUACUACUCAGCAAGUUUCAGAAGAUACCGGUUCACGAAAUGUGGAAAAGAAGCCACAAUUGGUGCAACUACAAAUCACAAAGACAACGGUAUAUGAGGAAUUUCCAGACUUGCCUCUACAGGUCAGCGAGCAGAAUAAGGUGAAUCUUACCAGUCAGCAAGGUGGCAAACCACGUUCCAGACCAACAUCAUCCGUCAUGAUUGAGGAAGUGAGCUCGCCAACGGAAGAGAUUGUUGUACCGCUAACACCAGGUCCCGAUAAAGAAAUACCAGAAACUGCAACUGAAAGCAUUUGGUUAGCUGCAACAACAGCAGUUGGUAUUGACAAAACACCUAAGGAUGCUUCACAAGCAAUGAUAAUGUCUGAAAGUCUUCAACACUAUCCUGGAUCACAAGUCAAACCAAAGACUGUGGAUGUAUGGGCUGAAACAAAGCAAGUCAUUGGUGGACGAAUUAGAUCAUUGAAAGAGUCUGCACCUGAGCAUAAGCCACUUAGCAAUGUUUUGCAUUUAGCUACCCUAUCUGACAAGAUAACGGAUGUGCCCGUGGAAGUUCGUGCACAGGAAGUCAAUCAAGGCUUGCACGAUUUGGAAGCAGCUGUGAAGCAAGGUGAUCGCACAAUCAUCGAAACUACCGUCAUAACCGUUAUCGAAAAAGUCUCUACUUGGCUUGAAACUGUUGAAUAUCGCGUGUACUUAAUCAGACAAAACUCCGAUGAAGGUCCUUCCGAACAGAAGUUGCACGAUUAUAAUCAAUUGAACGAUGAACUCGGUACUAUUAAAUCGAAUGUCAACACACUCGAAACCCAAUUGGAGAAAGCUGACCACUUGACUGGCCCAGAGGUGCAGCAGUGUGUUGAUGCGCUCAAGGAGCAUGUCAAUGCUGUGGAAGUAGUGACCAAAGACAACCAGGCACAAGAUACUAAAGAGUUGAAUAAGUGGAAUAAUUUUGUCGUAUUGAUACAUCGCACGACCACCAUUUUGGAAGAACUGCAAGAACGUUAUGACACCAUUGUGUCGCAAGACAUAACACUGAAUGGAAAAUUGCGUAGCCUCGAUGAAUUGGAGGCACAAAACGCCGACGUACAAGCUAGUAUCGCGGAGCUCGCACAAAGUGCGCGCGCAUUUCAACGUAACUUCCCCGGCAAGAAGGUGCCGCAAGACAUCUACAAUUCUUAUGAAGUUUGUAAAAACAUUGAAAACAACAUACUGGCUGAACGCGACCGCUUACUACAGUUGCAGUCAUUAGCCGAAGAGUAUGAGCAAACACUCAAAGAAUUCACCAACAUCACUGUGCUGGCCGAUAAGAUGGUCGAGAGUCCAAUUAUAUCCAGCACAUUGGAACAGCUCAACAAUGAAGUGCAGAAACAUCGCAAGUUCUUUGUAAACCUCAGCCAUUGCCGUGCCAUGCUGGAGUCACUGGAAGAGAAUAUCGAUACCGAGACGAGAGAGAAGCACGCCGAGUUGCAUAAAGAGCUUUAUAAUCGCGCAACUGUGCUUUUGGAAAAGGCUUCAGAGCGUUCUUCGAAAUUAGUGCAAGCUGCUUCACGCUGGACGGUAUUAGAGAAGGGCAUGAAGGAUGAACUGCAAUGGUUGCAUGUGGCACAGCAACGUGUGCCCGAUUUGUCCGCUGUCACUUCUGCAGACUACGACCAAUACACAACACUUUAUCAGUCCAUCAGCAGCGACAUCUCAAAUCACUAUUUGAAAAUGACACAACUUUCAAAUAUUUCCAAUAAAUUGCAAGAUCUCGUACAGGCGCCCAAUCUAGUCGAAGAGACAAACGAAGCGCUCAUUGUGCUGCUGAAAUUGCGUGAAGAAGUCUCCCUAUAUCUGCAUCGUCUACUUGUCUUCAAAGAGAUUUGGGCACAGUAUGAAAAUCAAACUGAUAAAAUGGAGAGUUUUGUACGCGAAGCUGAGAAGGAAUUACGCAACAUACAUAUACCCGAAGAUCCACUAGAGCAACCAAUUGAACAUAUGCGUCAGUUCUGGGAGAUGAAGGCCCACUUUGAAAUGCACAAUAACAUACGCAAUCAAGCGGGUCAUAGUUUCGAAAAGGCGCUACAAGUCAUACCGCUCGCCGACGAGAUGCUACAGCGCCAAUUCCAUGCACAACUCGAAGAUCGUUGCCAAAACAUAGCGCUCGCUAUUGAGCGUAUACAGAAUAAUAUUGUAAAUAGUCUCGCCUCGCAAGACGUGCCACCCGAAGAGAAACUGAAGUUGGUCGAACGUGAGUUGCAAGAAAUCUAUCUUACAAUGACCAGCAUUAAGGGUGUAAUCAAGAAUGAGGAAGAGCUCUGCCUCUACAUUGAGCGCAUACAAGUGCUGCGUACGCGUGUUGGCUUCAUUGGCAACGAAUUGGGACGCAUUGGCCUGCAAGAACCAGCCGUAGAACCGGAAAAGGUGGGCGAACUAUUUGCUCUCUCGCACAAGAUUAACACGCAAAUUGCCGAAGAACUCGAAGGCGCAUCCGUGUUGCGCGAACAAUUACGCGCCAUACAAGAAGGCAUACAAAAUCUGCGCAAACAUCAAACCAAACUCUCGGUCAUAUUGGAUGAAUGCGAAAGCGCUGAGAAACUGAGCAGCGAAGCCAUUGAAAAGGCGGUAAUCGAUUGCCAAGCAGUUGGUGAAGAUCUCAUCGGCAAUUGGCAAGAAAUCAUGCGUAUACGACAAAUGUUGCAUACGUUGCCGAUGCGCUUGAAGAUGUCUGUGUCGCCUGUGAAAUUGGAGCGUGACAUCUCGCAGCUGCAAGACGAUCAUGCCUUUUUGGAGAGCAAAUGCACGAAUAUACUGGCAAUACUGAGAAAUCGUUUGGCGCUUUGGUUGCGCUACGAGCGUCAGCUUGAGUUGGUGCAUGAUUCCGUGCAGGAGACCGACUUUAUGAUGGAAUUGCUAAAGGUGCACGGCCAGGUGGACUACGAGCGACUGCGCAAGGCCACUGAGCGGCUAGAGGGUCUUGCUGGUGAUUUGCAAAAUCGUGAAACACUCUUGGAUGACUUAAAAACCUCGGCUAAGCCUCUUAUCGAAACAUGCGACGUACAAAUUGUCGAACAGAUCGAAUCGGCCGUGCAGGAUGCGGUUGUAGCUUGGAAUGAUACAUCCGAUAAUUUGCUACAAUUGUGUACGCGUUAUCAACGCGCUGUCGAGCUUUGGGAGAAAUAUCGCAACGCCUCGGCGGCCGUACGCAGUUACGUUGAACAGCAAAUGGAUACGGUGAAGAAUUUGGAUCAGCCGCUGGAGACGCUGCAAAAUGCUAAGAUUUGCCAGGAUAAUUUGAACUCGCAAACGGAUCGUUUGUCUGAGCUGCGCGAUAUUGUUACGAAAAUAGCCGCCGAUAUUGGUUUGGAUGCCUCCGGCCUUAUGCAAGGUGAAUUGGAUGCAUUAGGCCAACGUUUGCAAGACUGCAAGGAGGCCAUUACCACAUUGGCUAAUGUGGCCGAAGCCAAGGAUAAAGAACGCAAGGCCAUCGACGAGAAUGUACAGCAAACGAAAGCGUACUUGAACAAUGUACAGAAGGAUGUCGAUCGCCAAGCGCAGGUCACAGCGGCCGGUGUGCCUAGCGAGGAGCAGUUAACGGCAUUGCGCACCCACUUGCAGACACUGGCACGUACCGAGGAAGAGCUGAAGCAGCUGCGUGAGCGAAAUAUUGAGAAUACGACGACUGAACGUGGAAAUCUGGCUGAUGAUGACAACACCAUUAUCGAAGUGCUGGAAUUGUGGCAGAAAAUAUUCCAGGACACCUUCCAAGAGUAUCAUCGCCUUUCCACACGUUUGCUGCGCAGUCAGAACAGCGCUGAGGCAUUGAAAUUGUGGCGUCAAUACUUGCAACACGUGCAACAAUUUCUUGCCUGCAAUAUACCCGAAGACUAUACAAGUCUCAAGGAGCAACAGCAUUUGUGUGAGAUUCAUCAAAAUCUGCUUAUCUCGCAGCAAAACGUACUCGCCACACACACGGAAGCCGAGCAGCAACUCGAACCAGCACUCGCCGAACAAUUCAAAGUGCUGACGAACAUGCAUAAUGAGACGCUAUCGCGUAUUAUGCAACGCAAUAAUGAGCUGGAGGCGCGCAUGACUGCUUGGAAUACAUAUCGCGCUGAUUUGGCUGCGCUACUCGAAUGGUUGAAGGAGCGUGAGAAGGAGCGUACACGCUUGCAACUGCGCUACAUACACCUUAAGCGCGUGCCACGCCUCAAGCAGCGGCUUGAUGAGUUACUACAACAGCUGCCAGCAGGCGAAGCAAUGUUGACGAAAUUGAAGGAGCAGCAAACUGGUUUACUGCGCUUCUGCGACGAUGCGCUCGCCACCUCCAUACGCAUGGAACAGUCAAGUGUGGCACAGCGCAUUAACAACUUGAAGGCCGCACUCGAAACAUGGAAUAGCUUCCUGGUGAAAAUCUCACAGUUGGCGAGCUCUUAUGAGCAACGUGUCGCUCAGCUGGAUACCGAGUUCGACAAAGUGCAACAAUUGGUAAGCAAAACAAAUACGCUGUUACCCACUAGCGCCAAUGAUAUACAGGAUUGUCUAAGUAAAUUGCGCGCGCAGCAAGUACAUCUUUCGACGCUCACGCAAGAUCUUGAAGCGCUCAAUGUCACACAAGAGGAACUCAAAGAAUGUAUUAGUCCGCAUGAUAUGAAGGCCAUAAGACAGAAGAUUUGGCUGCACUGGCAGCAACACGCUGAUCUCGAAUACCAACUCUCGACUUUGAUAAACAUCAUUGAGGAGCGUUUAUCUUUGCAUGCGCUCUUCAACACACGCUACGAGCGUUUGGCGCACUGGUUAAGCGAUUUGGAACAUCGCGUUGAGCGUGAUUCAGACAUCUCAGCCAUUGCGAAUCCCGAGGACGCAGCACGUCAGCUGGAUAAACAAAUCACCGCUGAGCUACAGUUGCGCGAAAAGGAUCGUGAAUGGCUGCUGUCUACGGGACGCGAGCUUAUCUCACUCUACACAGACAAUUCGCGCAAUGCAGAUGCCAUACGACACGAGGUGCAAGAGAAAUCGGAUAUGCUAAUCGAUCGUUGGGAACGGCUGAAGUACCUGAGCAAGCAGCGCGCCAACAAGAUUGGCGAUUUGAAGAUGACACUGCUGCGACUGGAGGAGCGCAUUGCCUUAAUACGUGCUUGGAUGUUCGAAGUAGAGACCGAAUUAGAUAAACCGCUCACUUUCGAGUCGUACACACCACCAGUUAUAGAGGCGAAACUCAAGGAGCAUGAGAAAAUACAACGUUCUAUUGAGAAUCACAGCAGCAAUGUUGGUGAAGUGUUGAACUUGGUUGAAAUGCUGUUAAAUGAUGCGGAUACCUGGCGCUCGCAUGUGAACACCUCGAAUCUAGGUGUAUCUGCGCAGAAUCUCGAGAAACGCUGGAAGAAUGUCUGCCAGCAAUCUGCUGAACGCAAGCAACGCAUACUUACCACCUGGAAUUUGUUGCAACAAUUGAUCAAGUUUACAACUGAGUACAAAACUUGGCUUAGCAAACAGGAGACAGACAUUGCCGCCUUUGAACGUGAUCUCUCAACCUUGUCGAAGGAGGAAGCUGCCGCACGCCAAAAAGCUGUCGAAACCAAGCUGCGUGAGCUGGAGGCACAAGAGGCGCCACUCAACCAAUUGGCGCAGACUUAUGCCAAACUCAUGAUGAGCGCUGGCGUUGACCCCGAGAAUAUACAGAGUCUUACCAUGCCGACGAAAGUAAUGUUGGCGAAGUGGCGUCAACUCGGACCACGUUGUCACGCUGUUAUCGAUGUCAUCGAUAAAGAUGUCAAACUGCGUCGUGAUUUUGAGAAGGCACAACAGGAGGCUGUAAACGCACUGACCAGUAUACAAAGCGAACUGGAACGGUUGCAAAAGCAACAGCCAAGCACACCCGCCGAAGCACAAGCUGCAGUAAAACGUAUCGAAAACUUGGAAGCCAAGCUGAAACAAGCCGGCGAAAAGGUAGAAAGUGCUGACAAACUGGCGGCCGAAACUAAAACCAAAGCGAAACAGGAUGAACUGACGCGCAUCGUAACGCUCAUCACGCAAUACACCACCAUUUGGCGUGAACUGCAAACGCGCAUAAUCACAAUCAAAACCGAAUGGAUCGCAAAGGCGGCCGCCGCCGCUAGCGGUAUUGCCGGCGCUGUAGCAGAGGCAGCAAUCACCGCCACACACGCUUCCGAGGCCGAUGCCAGCGUGCAAGUGAACACUUUGUCACAGCGCAAGCUGCGCAAGGCGCAAAUGCAACGCGAAACCUCGAUCACCGCCAAAGAUGCCUACAUCAUGGAGCUGGAGACAGCGAUUAAAGAAUGCCAAACCAAUCUCGAUGAGUUGAAGCGCACCAUUUGCGACAAGACACGCAAACCGGGUCCGCAAAAGAUGUCCAAAUUGAUUAGCAAUGCACAAUCGUCUACCGAGCUGGUGAAGCAUUUGAGUCAGCUGUUGUUGAGCGAAUGCCAGGCGAGCGCCGACGAAGCGCAAGUUGAAACAGUGGCAGAGCUGGCGCUGCGUUUCCAAACAUUGCUGUCGCAAUGGAAGACGCGUCAACAGCAAGAUCAAAAAUCUAGAAGUGCGCUUCCCGCUGCAUACAAAUUGACCUGUCCACAUGAGGUCGGACGCCUGACUUGCCCGCUUUGCACACAACGCAAUUGGCAGCAGAUCGACAACGAUCUGUGGCGCCUCGAGCAAUGGCUGCAGUUUGCCGAAGGCACACAAAAGGCGCAAACCACACCACCAUCGAAUAUUGAACUGCUCGAGGAUGUGGUGCAGGAUCAUCGUGAAUUCCUGCUCGAUCUUGAGAGUCACAAAUCGAUUGUGAUGAGUUUGAAUGUGGUCGGCGAUCAUUUGGCCACACACACAUUGGACACAGAGAAGGCGCGCCAAUUGCGCGAUCGUCUCGAAGCCGAUAAUCAACGCUGGAACACAGUUUGUAUGGUCGCUGCUAAAUGGCAGGGUCUAUUACAAACUGCGCUCAUGGGCAAUAGCGAAUUCCAUCAGAUAAUCGAUGAGUUGUGCGCAUGGUUGCAGCAAACCGAACAGAAUAUCAAAUCAUCGGAACCGGUGGAUUUGACUGAGGAGCGUAGCGUGUUGGAGGCGAAAUUCCGUAAAUUCAAAGAGUUGCGCGCCGAAUUGGAACGUUGCGAACCGCGUGUAGUGAGUUUGCAAGACGCUGCCGAUCAGCUGUUGAGGUCUGUGGACGAAACGAGCGCCGAGUCAACGCACACCUAUGCAAGAACCCUUUCCAGGCUGACCGAUCUGCGCUUGCGUUUACAAUCCUUGCGACGCCUGUCCGGCAUCUACAUCGUGAAGUUGGGCGCUGUGCUCGGCUAUGAUGGUGAUAAUAUGGGCGUGUCGCUGCAUAUGUUGUCGAAUGAGCUUUUGGAUCAAACUACAUUACCCUCUACAUCUUCUUCCAUGCAGGCAGCCGCACCAUACACUGAUAAUGCAAACGGCACCACCGGCACCGAUGCCGAUGCUGCCGAUGGCGAUGCCAUCAACACCACCGUACUUGCGCGCGGUGCACGCUUCCUCGGACGGGUUGCACGUGCCUCGCUGCCCAUACAAGCGCUCAUGUUGCUGUUGUUGGGUGUUGCCACACUUGUGCCCCACGGUGAAGACUACACCUGCAUGUUCUCGAAUUCGUUUGCGCGCAGCCUAGAGCCGAUGUUGUCAUACCCGAACGGACCGCCACCAACGUAGUAGUGGGUGGUUGCAGAAAACAAAAAAACAGAAAACACAAUUAAAUUAAACGAACAAACAAUAGUAUAUAAGAAAAACGAAUAUAAGUAAUAUAUAUGUAUAUGAAUGAAUAUAUAUGCAUAUAAAUAUGUAAGAAAAAUGAGAUUUGUAAAUGAGAAGGAAUUGUGUACAAAAUUGUACAGCGUUAAAAAAAAAGUUGCAGUUGGAAAAUUAAGAAAAAGAAACGAUGUGUUUUGUACGCUUGCGUGAAAUUGCACAAAAAUUAAAAAAAAAUGUUAAAUAUCAAUUUUUGUUAGCGUAGCUGCAAAAGAAUUAAGCAAAAAGUCGUGUAUAAACGGCAUACAUGUGUGUAUAUGCCUUGCUUGUAAUUGUAUGUACAAUAAACUGUAAACAAAUACUGAUUGCUAUAAAUUUGUACAGCACUUAGUGCAACAUAAAGAAUUCAAAUACUUGCCGAACGAAGUUUCCCUGGUAGUUUGUACAUUUAAUAGGCAUUAGAUAGGGCUUUGGAAUAAUUGACAAAACGAAACAGAAACCGAAACAGACGUUUAGGCAAACCGUAAGUUAAACAAAAUGACGGCGAAUGAAUAAUGAAUAUAGGGUAAUACAAAAACAAAACAAAAAAAAAAUUGUAAGUAAAGAGCCUUGUGCUCACCGACGGCUGUCUGCAUAUCGGUUAUAAUUAAAAUUUAUAAUUAAUAAAAAUAAAAUAAUGAACAUAAUGCGUGUUAAAGAAUAGAAAACAAAGCAAAAGAAUGUAGCAACUUAUGUGAAAUUUUAGUAUUUAAGCUUGACAAAAAACAAAAAAAUCAAAAACAAAAAACAAAUUACGAAACGCACAUAGAACACGAAAAAUUAUAGUAAAACAAAUUUUGAUAUUUUCAGUACACGAAAAAGGAAUACUUGCUAAACGCAAAGAGACAACUGCACACACAACGCUUGUGCGCCAUGAUGCCGUGUGCUAAGCGAAUUUCGUGGAACAUUUUUGCUUGACACACUGCAUGGCAACGCAUGACGAAAAUGCCAACAACAACCAACUAGUAGAAAACCGAAAUCCUUAAACAAUUCAACAACAACAAAAAUAAAAACUCUCCAAAAAUUUUAAUUUUCGCAAAGCCACAUAAAGAAAAUUGCACCAACAACUUUGACAUCAAAAAAAAAAAUGUUAAUUAAAACUCAUGACCCAAAAAAUGCGCGAAAACUGACAAACGCACACAUUUUUGCAUGACCACAUCUCCCAAAAACACAGCGGUUGUGUCAAAACUGUGUGCAUUUGCUUUUUCGCUAAACAAAACAACAAUAAAGUCAAUGUUACGUCACCGUUUAGAGCGCGCACACACGCAUGCGCACAAAUCUCUCCAACGUGUGCAUGUUGUUGCCGCAAUGAAUGGCUGUACGCAACGUGGACGACUGACAAGUACUGAAGCACGAUUAAUUUCGCAAAUCGAAAACAUUCCCAAACAGGCAUUACCAUAGUUAGUUUUUUUUUUUGCUAAACGAAACAUUUACUUUAUUUGCCAAAAACUUAUUGUAAUUAAAGUAAUUAAAGUAAAAUUAGUUAAAAAUCGAAUAAUGUUGUUGUUGUUGGCAUUUAUGUAAUUAUGCAUCGAAACGCAAGCAGCAAGUGUCCUAAAUUGGUGCUCAACCAAAUUUCAUUGAACUAAAUUCCUUUUGGCUAAAAAAAAAAUAAAAACAAAUGGAACAAACGGCAAACUUACAUAACGAACGAUGUGAAAUAUUAUUAUUAUUUUUUGAAAUGAGUUGAGCUAAGGCAAACAAGUAAGUUGCUGAAUAAAUAAAUCAAAUUAUAAAAAAUAAAAAAAAAACAAAAAUAAAAAAUUGUUAAGCAUAAAAUUAGCACACGCACUAGAAGCGCAUGUGCGAGUAUUUUAGUUUUGCCAGAAUCCAUCCAUACAUACUUACAUUAUUGUAGUGUGUAUUCUAAUAUAUUUUGUUUACUUUUAUUAACUUUGGUAUACAAUUUACGCUUUAGCUAUGCUUUUCCUAUGUGUACCUAAAACGCAUUAUGCAAACUUAUCGUUAUAAACUAUUUAUUCAUUUCGCUAUGGAUUUACAUAACAUACAUACAUAUAUAAACGUAUGUACAUAUAUGUAUGUGUAAAGUUACGAUAUUAUUCAUAAUUGUUUAAACGCUUAUUGCUUUGUUAACUUUUCCGUAUUUUUUAUACAACUACACUUAAACAAUUAAACAAAUGUUUAUUGUAAUAAACGAUUUUUUUUUACUUUAAGUAACCGAAAUGACCAAACACGACAAAAACGGAAAAAAAUUACAGUAAUCAAAAAAAA